AUGGCGGCAGUAGCGGGGGACAGCGCUAUGGAGGUGGUGCCGGCACUGGCUGAGGAGGCCGCGGCCGAGGCGACGGGCCCCAGCUGCCUGGUGCAGCUGCCGGGCGAGGUGCUGGAGUACAUCCUGUGCAGCGGCUCGCUCACGGCGCUCGACAUCGGCCGCGUGUCCAGCACCUGCCGUCGCCUGCGCGAGGUGUGCCAGAGCAGCGGGCAGGUGUGGAAGGAGCAGUUCCGGGUGAGGUGGCCCUCCCUGAUGAAGCACUACAGUCCCACCGACUAUGUCAAUUGGUUAGAGGAAUAUAAAGUUCGGCAGAAAGCUGGGUUAGAAGCCCGGAAGAUUGUCGCCUCCUUCUCCAAACGGUUCUUUUCAGAGCACGUUCCUUGUAACGGCUUCAGUGACAUUGAGAACCUUGAGGGCCCGGAGAUCUUUUUUGAGGAUGAGCUGGUGUGCAUCCUAAACAUGGAAGGAAGGAAAGCUUUGACCUGGAAAUACUACGCAAAGAAAAUUCUUUACUACCUGCGGCAGCAGAAAAUCCUCAAUAACCUCAAGGCUUUCCUGCAGCAGCCCGAUGACUACGAGUCCUAUCUUGAAGGUGCCGUUUACAUUGACCAGUACUGCAACCCACUCUCCGACAUCAGCCUCAGAGACAUCCAGGCCCAGAUCCACAGCAUUGUGGAGCUUGUGUGCAAAACCCUCCGUGGCAUCAACGGUCGCCACCCCAGCCUGACCUUCAGGGCAGGUGAGUCCUCCAUGAUAAUGGAAAUAGAACUUCAGAGCCAAGUGCUGGACGCCAUCAACUAUGUCCUGUAUGACCAGCUGAAGUUCAAAGGGAACCGCAUGGACUACUAUAAUGCCUUGAACCUCUACAUGCACCAGGUGUUGACCCGCAGAACAGGAAUCCCCAUCAGCAUGUCUCUGCUCUACCUGACCAUCGCCCGGCAGCUGGGGGUCCCCCUGGAGCCUGUCAACUUCCCAAGCCACUUCCUGCUGAGGUGGUGCCAAGGCGCAGAAGGGGCAACCCUGGACAUCUUUGACUACAUCUACAUAGAUGCUUUUGGGAAGGGCAAGCAGCUGACAGUGAAGGAGUGUGAGUACCUGAUUGGCCAGCAUGUGACAGCAGCACUCUACGGGGUGGUGAAUGUGAAGAAGGUACUGCAGCGGAUGGUGGGCAACCUGCUGAGCCUGGGCAAGAGGGAAGGCAUUGACCAGUCCUACCAGCUCCUCAGAGACUCCUUGGACCUGUACCUGGCGAUGUACCCAGACCAGGUGCAGCUCCUGCUCCUCCAAGCCAGACUCUACUUCCACCUGGGCAUCUGGCCAGAGAAGUCUUUCUGUCUUGUCUUGAAGGUGCUUGACAUCCUCCAGCACAUCCAGACCCUCGACCCCGGGCAGCAUGGGGCGGUGGGCUAUCUAGUACAGCAUACAUUAGAGCACAUUGAGCGCAAGAAGGAGGAGGUAGGCGUGGAGGUGAAGCUGCGCUCUGAGGAGAAGCACAGGGAUGUCUGCUACUCAAUCGGGCUCGUUAUGAAGCAUAAGAGGUACGGCUACAACUGUGUGAUCUAUGGCUGGGACCCCACGUGCAUGAUGGGGCACGAGUGGAUCCGAAACAUGAACGUGCACAGUCUGCCUCACGGCCACCAUCAGCCCUUCUACAACGUGCUGGUGGAGGAUGGGUCCUGCAGAUAUGCAGCCCAAGAAAACCUGGAAUACAACGUGGAGCCUCAGGAAAUCUCGCACCCAGAUGUGGGGCGCUACUUCUCGGAGUUCACAGGUACACACUACAUCCCAAACGCAGAGCUGGAGAUCCGGUACCCCGAGGACCUGGAGUUUGUGUAUGAGACAGUGCAGAAUAUUUACAGUGCAAAGGAGAACACAGCCGAGUAAACUCAGGGGAUGUCACAUCUGUGCUGCUGCUGCUGCUGCUGCUGCUGCUGCCUUCUAGGGGACCAGGACUCCUGAAGGACAAGUGCUGCCCCUGGAAUCAGCACAGGACAGCUACUUCACUAGCAGCCCUGGCUGCCUCCCCAGUUUAGAUGGUGUGCGCUCCUCCAGCCACAGACAGCGUUGCUCUCCGCUACACUAGUGAAUCAGUUGAAAGGCACCGUGUCCAGUGGCAUGGCUCGUCUGCUUGUCCCGUGGUGACAGUGUGUGACAUUCUGUCUUCAUGAGGUCUCACCAUCCAUUCUGUCCUCUCACCCCCUUCCCAUCCCUGUCUCCAUCUACCUUGUGUCAGCGUCUUUCCCGCUGGACAGUCGGGGGCCAUGUUUCCUCAUCUCUGGAACACAGGCCGCUGAGUCAGGACCGCCACCCUCUGCCUUGCAUUAGGUUGUACUUGGAGGAAGGCUUGGAGAUGGGAGUCAGAAUGAUCAUGGUUCAUUUUAUUGCUAAUACAGAAACACAGAUUUCAAGUA